AUGAACAAAAAGACCCCCAGAAAUGUGACAACGUUCCUUCUUCUUGGGUUCUCGGAUCUGUCUCUUACAUUUCAGGUCUCUCUCUUCUUGUUCUUCUUUCUUUCUUACCUUCUCUCGAUGAUUGGUAAUGGCCUAAUCAUUGUGACCAUCACUCGCAGUCCUCACCUCCAUUCUCCCAUGUAUUUCUUCUUGAGGGCUUUAUCGUUUGUUGAGAUUUGUACCAUCAAUUCUACAGUUCCUAAGGCUCUAGAAAGCUUCUUCCCCAUUGGACGGACCAUCUCCUUCAUUGGAUGUUCUGUUCAGUUGUUUGCCUUUCUCAUGCCUGCAGUUUGUGAAUGUGUCUUACUCACAGUGAUGGCCUUUGACCGAUAUAUGGCCAUAUGUCACCCCCUCAGAUACACCACUGUGGUGACCACCAGGCUCUGUUAUCAGUUAACUCUUCUUUCUUGGAGUUUUGGGGUUGUGAUUUCCUUUGUUGCCUGCAAUUUGCUUUUUAGUUUGACUUUUUGUAGCUCUAAUCUCAUUGCACAUUUUUUUUGUGAUAUUCCUCCAAUUAUCAGUAUAGCUUGUAAUGAUACUUUCGGGCUGAAAGUCUAUCUACUUGUAUCUAGUAUAACAGCCACCAUGCCUCCAAUCAUACUGAUCUUCUGCUCCUACACCAAGAUCCUGACCUCCAUUUUCAGCCUCCGCUCUGCAGAGUCCCGCCGUAAAGCUUUCUCCACCUGCGGCUCUCACCUGGUCUCUGUUAUUAUUUACUUUGGGACUGUUAUGGUUGUUCAUUUUCGAUUGGACAAUCCAUUCUCUUCCUAUGAUGACAGGAUGCUGGCGAUUUCCUACUGUGUCAUAAUCCCGACUAUUAAUCCUUUGAUCUACAGCCUGAAGAAUUCGGAAAUAAAGGAAGCCAUCAGGAAACUCCACCUGAGAAUGAGGCCCUCGUAG